AUGGCCAGGGAUGCAGAUGCUUGGUUGGCGAGCAUUCAGAAAGUGUCCAUGUCAUCGGACAAGAUCAUCGCCGCGGUGAUGGCCGGAGCUGCAUCGGCGCUCAUCCAAAGUCCAACUCAGCUUGUCGAGGUCAACCAGUCGAACCAUGGCUCCUCGAUGAUUGCGACGGCCAGGAAAGUCAUCGCGCAGAAUGGCGUGCUGGGCCUCUAUCGGGGCUACUCCAUGGGCGCCACCCGAGAAGGCAUAUUCUGCAGCUCCUACAUCGCAAUCAACCCCUCGAUCAAGAAGUGGAUGAAGGAAAAGCGACCGGAACUCUCCGACGGCGCUGCGACAGUCGUGGCCUCCGUGGCCUCCGGGUCCUUGGGCGCUGCACUUUCCCAUCCUGCGGACACACUGAAGACGCGGCUGCAAGCGGGAGCGCUGCCGCUUCGUGCGGGUGAAGCUGCGGAGGCCACGCGGAUCCGGGGACCUUGGCAAGCCCUGCAGGACCUUCGCUUGAAGGGCAACCUUUGGUCCCAAUGCUAUGCAGGCUUCUCCCCACGACUCUUUCGCCUGGUCUGCUGCACUUACAUCUACAGCACGCUGACGGAUGCUUGCGAGGCAUUCUGCCGAUCCAACGCUGGCCUCACCCUACGCGGCCAACUCCAACUCUCAGUGGAGCCACUCUCGUGA